UAUGGAAUAUUGUUGAUGAUGUAAGUAUUAAACAUUCAACAGUAAGCCCAAACAAAUCAUGGUACUUUAGGAAUUCUAUAGACACAGAUGACAACAUUAGACACACACACACACACACACACACACACACACACACACACACACACACACACACAUGUGUGAUACUUUUUCUUCCUCUUGUGACUUAACACCACAAGGGGAGAUAGAGGGGAACAUUUUCAAAAGCAUAAAGUGCUUUCAAAGAAAGGGGAAGUGUUUUCUAUAGCAGUAUAUUCCUCUGUGAUCUAUCGUUUAUGACAUUUACUCUCUAUUGAAAAAUCAUGAAGCUGGCCUCAUGACAACAGUCGUAUGCAUGCAGAAGAUCGUAUGCAUGCAUUUGCCACCAUUCACAUACCCUUCCCAAGGUAUAUGUUAACAUACAAGCCUAUAAAUGUAUUUAUAAAAUUCAAUACAAUGACAGUUCUCACAGGUGGUGUGUGGUAUCCACCACCUUGUUCUAUCUGUUCAGUGCCAAGCUUUGAUUUAUUCUCCUCUGAAGGUCUGAAUACCUCUUUGCUGUUUUAAGUCCUGCAUGAGAAGUGCUUAACACCACGUCCAGGGAAAAGCAUUAGGUGGCUCAGGGACACACUUAGGCUAAACUAAGAUUAGGAGCUACAGCCACUGUUCUCCAGAUUGCUGGGAGGGAUUGCCCCUACCCUGGGGGAGGACACGAAUGGGUGGUGUCUCUGAACGUGCACGAGUGGGUGAGAGCACCUUCUGGAAAGGUGCGCAACCUUUUCACACUUGCUGUGUAUCUUCAAAAGCAUCCAACAGUACCGUCUGCCUUGUUGUGGAUAUCCAAGGCAACAGCUGAUGUAUGGAGGGUGGGGGUUACGUGUUUCUGUUAAUGCCCGGGUUUGUCUGAAGUGAGAAAAAAACUGACUUGGUUGUUAGUUGACUAAGACUAGUCUGUAACAUGCAGUGUAAUUAAUAACAAAUAAACAUUUAAGAUAAUGUCAAACAAUUGCAUACUUUACACAAUAAAUAUGAUGAGGAAAAAGUUAUGAAUGUGCAUCAAAAAGUUAUGAAUGUGCAUAUAAGAAUUAUGAAUAAGUAGCAAUAUGAUUUCCAGAAGAGCAUAAUAUUCUGAUAUCACUCUAUCAGUAGAACAUAAAUAACAUUUGAAAAAAUUCAUGACUGAAUAAUGGUGAAUUAUGUUUAGUUACAGUUAAGCUUUAGGCUAUUCAAAAUAUUUGACAUUCAUAUUAAGUGAAUGACAUGUAAUGCAUCCAUUUAGCUCAUGUACACAUCCAUGUUGAUAUGACCAACUGUUUGAUAAGAACACACACAAACUAGGCCUACAGUGUGCACAGAGGGAGGUGCGUGACAAAUCGCAUUUUGAAUGGGAGGAGGGAGGAGGGAAUACCAGCCGUUACUUACCAGGGAGCUGUUCGCGUUCAGUGGUGCUGAUAUUGUCCGAUACUUGUAAAAAGCAAAUUAACUGACUGUUAUUGAGAUGGAGAUUUCACUGCAGAGAAAAUGUUUUGAUUUUUGAACUGAGUGGAAGUAAAUGUAUGUGAAGAAACACGGGAUUGUAACUAUUCAAAUGGGAUUACCUCAAGGUGCAUGAGAGGAUUUUGAACUAAACUCUUCACCUAUUGGCAAGACGGAAAGAAGCGGUUUUAUGGUCGACAUAAAGGCUUCCUUGAACAGCCGAAGCAGGCGGCUGGCCUAGAGCAAGAAGCCAUGCCAAAGAUCUGCACCCAGCAGUCCUCUCCCUCCCCUUUGUCACCUGACACACGUGACCUAGAACAGAUUGAGAGCGGUGAAGAGAGGGAAUAUGAGGAUCUACCAUGGUCUCAACAAGACUCGUUUACUGGCACAGGAGCCAUGUCAAGAGUGUCGCGAUUCGUGCACAUGGUCCAAGGCUGGAUGUCCUCCGGCCAGGACGAGAGACGCACCUCCAUCAUGGAGCACUCCCAGGUGGAGGAGGCCCAAGAGGCCUGCAUCGAGACCAGAGAACAGGCCCUCCACUUACGCCGGAGGAAUCAUGUCAGCCAAUGGCCUCUUGCCACCUAUAAUAUGAACAACUGCAACAACACAGAUGACAAAAAAGAUGACAAAAAAGAUGAAAUAAAGAAAGAUGAGAAAAAGGAUGAAAAAGACGAAAAAAAAGACGAGAAGAAAGACGAGAAGAAAGACGAGAAAAAAGAUGAGAAGAAAGAUGAGAAGAAAGACGAGAAGAAAGAUGAGAAAAAGGAUGACAAGAAAGAUGACAAAAAGGAUGAUAAAAAGAAAGAAGAACCUCCGAAGGAAUACUGGAUUAUGGAUCCUUCCACAGACUUGUACUACCGCUGGCUAACAGUAGUUGCUGUUCCAGCAUUUUACAAUUUGAUGUUGCUCAUCACAAGGGCUUGCUUUAAUGAACUACAAUCGCGCAAUACCUACCUUUGGAUUGUUCUUGACUACGGUGCAGAUGUGAUCUACUACAUGGACACAUUUGUGAGAUCAAGGACAGGUUUCUUGGAACAAGGCCUGUUAGUGAAAGAUAUAGCAAAGCUAAAGGAACACUACAAAGGAACGCAACAGUUCAAAUACGACAUGGUAUCAAUGUUCCCAACAGACAUACUUAUGAUUUACUUGGGCUAUGACAAUCCCGAGGUUCGUUUCAACCGUCUGUUCAAAAUGGCAAGGCUCUUCGAGUUUUUUGACCGGACUGAGACCAGAACCAACUACCCUAACAUUUUCCGUAUCAGCAACCUUGUGUUGUACAUCUUGAUCAUCAUCCACUGGAACGCCUGCAUCUUCUACGCCAUCUCCAAAAUCCUUGGCUUCGGCUCCGACACUUGGGUCUACCCCAACAUCAGUCACCCCGAAUAUGGCCGACUUGCCAGAAAAUACAUCUACUGUCUCUACUGGUCUACCCUCACCCUUACCACAAUUGGAGAGACGCCACCGCCAGUGAGGGAUAUUGAGUACCUUUUUGUCGUUGCUGACUUCCUAAUCGGUGUGCUGAUCUUCGCUACCAUUGUCGGUAACGUUGGUGCCAUGAUUUCCAACAUGAAUGCUUCCCGCGCUGAGUUCCAGGCAAAGAUUGACUCCAUCAAGCAGUACAUGCAGUUCCGUAAGGUCACCAAGGACCUGGAGGCCCGGGUGGUCAAGUGGUUCGAUUACCUCUGGACAGAGAAGAAGACCUGCGAUGAGAAGGAGGUGCUCAAGAAUCUCCCUGACAAGCUGAAGGCCGAGAUCGCCAUCAACGUACACAUGGACACACUCCGUAAGGUGCGCAUCUUCCAGGACUGUGAAGUGGGUCUGCUCAUUGAGUUGGUACUAAAGCUUCAACCGCAGGUAUUCAGCCCUGGUGACUACAUCUGUAAGAAAGGAGAUAUUGGACGCGAGAUGUACAUCAUCAAAGAGGGCAAGCUGGCUGUGGUGGCAGACGAUGGGGUGACACAGUUUGUUGUGUUGAGUGAUGGGGCCUACUUUGGGGAGAUCAGUAUCCUCGGUAUUAAGGGCAGUAAAGCCGGCAACAGGCGAACGGCCAACAUCCGAAGUGUGGGCUACUCCGACCUCUUUGCCCUCUCCAAGGACGAUCUCAUGGAAGCGCUCCUGGAGUACCCUGAAACCAAGAAGGCUAUCGCAGAGAAGGGGACAGCCAUCCUGAUGAAGGACAACCUGAUCGACAUGGAGCUGGCCAAUGCAGCCGGAGACCCCAAAGACAUGGAGGAGAAGAUCGACCACCUGGAGGGCAAUCUGGAUGUUAUGACCGCCAAGCUGAAGAAACUGAUGGUCGACUGGGCCGACAGUCAGAAGAGACUCAAGCAGAGGAUCACCAACAUGGAGGCCAGGUGCAGAACUCUGAGGGAGGAUGAUAUCUCAGAAGUUGUGGCAGACAAGAAGGAAGAAAAGAAAUAGACUUGCACAGUAUUACAAUAACAUGCCUAUAUUCCGUACUAUACCAAAAAAAAAGGAUCAUAAGGGCAUUUUUUCUUUUUGAGUUAUACACCUAAUAUAGCAAGGCUACCUUCCAAAUGAACUGUAUGUAUAAAAAUAUACUAUGUAUUGAUACUCAUAGUGGAGAGGCUGUGAAGAACAGAAUGUGUGUGGAUGUUUCCUCUUCUUUUUAAAUCAAGGACUGCAUCUGAGUUUAAUACAGCACUGGCAUGCUGUUUGUGAAUCACUCAGAUUCACCCCACUUUGUUUGAGAGUAAAAACAAAAUACCUGAUCUUCAGUGAUGAACAUCAAUGCUUCACAUUAGCAACGUUUGAAAUACACCUGUCAAAAUGUGGUCCAUAAUCUGUUGUUUAUACUCUUGUAAAUGUACAUUUUCAAUGAAUAAAAGCUGCUUUGACAGUUGAAAUACA